GCAGCUGGCUCCGCGGUGCGCUCGUUUUCGGGGGCGGAGCUAUGCGGGGCCGUUCGCGCUGGACAAGGAAGCUACAACAAUCGAAAGGUGGCGGCCAUGGCGGGGAACGGCUGAUUGAUGCAGCCAAGCAGCUCGUGCUGCACUGUAGAUACUGCACUACCGCGGUUGUCGAGAAGCUCAUGGAAAGGUUCGGCCAGUCGGCGGGGCGGCGGUGAGCCAUGGCGCUACGGUGGCGGUGUUGACGACCCACGUCCCCGUCAUCGACCGGUCGCAGCAGCAUGGCUGCAGCCGGGUGUGCCCCAUCGCUCCUCCUGCUGCUAUUGCUGCUGGUGCACGCCGUGUGCCGAGGAGAUGGCUGCGACUUUCCAGUGGCCUGGUGGGGUGAGUGGUUCCUGCAAGGAGCACGGGAACCUGUGCGCAUCAACCGCACCCACAUAUCCACGCGGGGCCGCUGUCUGGAGGGCCGCGAAAGCAAGUUUUUGCUGUCCGAGACUGGCUGUGUGCGCUGCUUGGGCAUCAGUGCUAAGCACACAAAUGUGCUGCAGUACAAAGAGACAGCUUGCUCACACCAGACAUCGCACGCAGCCGUGUGUGCUGAGUUUGCAGGUGAUGCCAGCCUGUACUCGCUCUUUCGACUCAACGGCAGUGAGCAGGAGUGCCCCAUGCAGGGCCCCCUGCUCUUCAGCUACAACCAGGGUGGCGGUGACUGUGCCAAUCCCCCCUCGAACCUGGAGUCUUGCACUGAGCCCAGCCGGCUGCUGCUACGCUUCCAGGCCUGUGCCAGCGUUCUGGGCUCCGAAAGUAGAGAGGAGCAGCUGACGUGCCUGGCUUCUUGGAAGGAGGGCUCGGUGCGCUACCUGGUUGGCCGACUGGUGCAUGCAGCAGCCAAGACAGAUGCCGAUCGAUUGCGUUGCUUUGCUUACGAGCAGGCCGACGGUGGCUGGCAACUUGCUCAGUCGGGGGAUGCGACGUGUGAUGCCCUGAGUGGUGCCACCGAGGGAUCACGCACAUUGCGUCUGUGGCCACCUCCGAUGCUGACGGGUCGUGAGUGCAGCUGGCCAGACUGGUUCUCACAAGGUGCUUGGCAGCCACUCGGGGAGGCUGGUGCACCUCUGAAGGUGCUGGCAGCCGAUGUGCUGCUCAUGGGUGCCACACGGCUGCGCUGUCUUGAGCCACUGCCAGCUCUGAGUGAGCCAGCUGAAGCACGCUUCAAGGUCCAGGCCGUGCAUCAGUGUGCCAGCCAGCGGCGCUGCCUGGGGCUCCUGAGGAGGACACCGCACAUAGUGGAGCUGCGGCUGGGCGACUGUGAGCAGCCAUCACGGCCGCUUACGUUGGUGCAGCAGCAGCAGGCAGGAGGCAGCUGUGGACCCAUCCUGGGACGUCUCUUCCUGCUACCUCAAGGAGGGGCCACAGCAGGCCUGCUGCUGCGUGGCUGUGGUGGCAACUCUGUGCUUAGCUGGGACUGUCGCGACCAUCAGGAACAGCUGCAACUGCUGCUGGGAUGUGGCUCUGACAUCCACCGAUUUAGGUGCCAUGGCAGCUGGGAGGAGAACGGCACACGCCUGCUGGUAGCAAGUGCAGUGUCUAGCCAGCGGCACUACUGCAUUGCUGUGUUGGCACAGCGUGUGCAGUUUGCUGAGAGCCCCCCUGCAUGCGUCCCGGGGCUGCCCUGGCCAUGGUUGUCCUUUGAGCUGACACGCACCGACAGCUGUGACUCUCAAGAGACUAGUGCAGCUGCUGGCCAGUGGCCCCUGUUACCAAUGUUAGUGCUUUUGAUGUUGCCGCUUGCAGUCCAGAGGCUUUCCUAGGUGCUGUGGUGGACAGGAAACUGCACGACAGUGUUGGUGCUGGCCUUGUGUCUUCUUGCACUGUGACCAAAAGCUGGGCUGUGUUCGUUGGAGGAAGAAGACUCUAGAUGCACAUCUAAGCGGAGGCCUCUGUUUGGGCUUUCGGUGGAAUUCAUUGUUCACGUGCAAACCAUUGUGCCAUCUUCCAGCCUGCCUACAGACCGAGCACCAUGGAAUGGUGCAGUGACAGUACUCGAGCAAACUGCUGACAAGGGGGCACUUCAUUUGUAAAGGACCUGUGCAUGCUGUAUGGUUGAGCAGGAACAGCAGUUGCGCAAAUGAUAUGUUAAUGCACCAAGUCCUCAUGUUCUUUGGCCGAUGUACAUGUCUGGCGAUUUUAAUUAGGUGAAAAAUAAAGUGCGAAGCGGCUUCAAAAGUGUGCCCAUAGAUGACUGCUUCAGUUGGCUGCUGCAGGGGUCAGUUCUUUGCUCAAAUUAUUGCUAUGCAGCAUUUACUUUCUAAACAUGUUUUCAGCAUGUAGGUGCAUGCUCUUGUACAGACAUUCUUUGCCAUAUGCAAGUGUUAGGUAGAGGUGUAACUUGAAAGCUUAUCAAUAACUCAUGGAACAGUAGGUGUGGUAAAACCUCAGUAGGAGACUUACCAGUCAUCAUAUCGUCAUAGGCAUGAGACCAUUAGGGCUUGCUCCUAAAAUGUGCAUGUUCAUUGCUGUACAUCAGACAUGGUGCCUUGUUGCCUUUCCUUUCACUCCUUGGAAAGAAUCGCCUUCAAUGGGUAAAAAUUUACUGAAUUGGUAGGGAAGACACCUGUGGACACUUGGACUAAGUGUAAGCACUCUCUGUAAACCCUGUAAUUUGUGACCAGAUCUUAAAGGGGUACUGACACGAAUAUUUUCAGUUGUAAUUUUUUUGUGUCAAAUGAAAGGUCAAGCCCUCAAGAGCCUAGAAAAGGUAGUGCUAAAUGCGAAAGCGCCCUGAAAAAGUAAUUACAGUAUGUUUUUAAAAGCUAGUUUCGGUUCCUAUUGUACCCUGACGUCACAACACAGUAUGAGCUUCUCGUCACGUGCUCACACAAUAUAUAGUGACGUUUUUACGGCUGCUCCGCACCGUGGCUACGUUGGCGACGCACAAGCGGCCAUUUUGGAAGUUUUGAUGAUGCACAAGUGGCCAUCUUGGAAGUUUUGGUACCUAACGUCAUCACAACUAGCCAGACUGCUGCGUGAAGUCACCAGAAUUUGUAUUGUAGCCUGACGUCAAGCUAGUGUCGAUGUCAGUAGGUGCGCCAUGGAAAAAUUGACUUUAAUAUCAAACUGAAAUAUCUUAUCGGCAUUUGCUGAGCUUCACACUUGCUCCGAGCCGUCUCUGCAUACAGGAGAUUUGUAUGGCAGAGUAAACUCGCCUUCAAGAAAAGGUGUCAGUAACCCUUUAAAAGGCACCUCACCAGACCCCACUGUGAAUUUUUUUGUCUAUGAAUUUAUGGAUGGAGGCUAUGAGCAUCCCCUUAGUAAGGGGCUUUGAUCUGUGAGCCACCAGGCUCUAUCGUUAAUUUUGCCUACUACUUUGCCUGCCUGUGUUAAGGAGAAAAGAAAGAACCUAUAAUUUUGUAGCUUUACUUUCUGCGUUUUAUAAUAGAGUAACUUUAGUUUUCAUGCUAUUCUGUUUAUCUUUCUGCCACUGAUCGGCUAAUAGUCUUUUACUGAUCUGUAUUGCAGAGUUGUGAGGCACUGUCUAGGGAGCAUUUUUCUGAAAUUUUUUCGAAUGUUUCAAGGCAUUAGAAGAAAUCCUACUGUCCUGUUAUCGUGAUACAAUGAGGCAAGAGUUGCUGUCACCAGAAACCUGCAUACUUUUAUGUAAGUGCUUGUAAAAGAACCACAUGUGGUCCAAAUUAUUCCAGGGUUUCACCACCGUGGUGUGCCUCAUAAUCAUAUCAUAGUUAUGGCAUGUUAUACCUCAGAAGUAAUGAUUAUGUUGUGGCACCACUGCACACUCCAUAUUGGACCAUGGUCAGUUACGUUGAAAACAGUGCUUUUUGUUUGGGGCAUGUGUGUCUAACUUUAAGGGCGCAGGGUAAGCCCUAUAUGUCCCAUGCAUUUUUGACCAUUUUGUGGUACCGUUUUCUCAGUGACUAAAAGGGAUAUCCACAUAACACAUAUAUAAUUUUCUUCCGAAUUUACAGCUCUUUUAACUGAAGCAGAUUUAUUUAAAUCUGACUAAUAUUAGGAUUUUAGGGAAUUUUUUACCACUAGGACCUAAAUAUUGAGUUAAUUUGCAUCUUUGAAAAUCUGGAACACAGAAACUGUAAAGUAUAUCAUUUCAAUUCUGCUUCAGUAAUUGUGUGCAUUUAUGCAGAAUACAACAAAAAAUAAACUGGUUAUCUGAGAAUACGUAGGAAAUAAUAGUACCUAAGUAAUAAAAAACAUGGUUUUGAGGUAAUUGAGUUUGAAGUUAGAAAACAGCUGAAAAGCAAACAUACUUGGCCACAAACGCCAUUAAACUAUUUUAUUUAGUAGCUACAAGCUUGGUAAUCAUUGCCAAAGUUAAUUUUUCUCUUUGGAGCCUCUCGUCUUGCUUGCCUUGCUUCUUUUGUGAGCUCUCCUGCAGCUCUAUCUGCAAUGUAUCAUUGAUUGUGGUGAAUAUUUUCAAGCAGAUUGACUGUAUAUUGACCAGGCUUCAAUCCUAAUUAUUUCAGAAUUUUGACUCGUGCGAUACUGCCAUCAUUAAACGAAAGAACAACAUCCAAUGUCGCAAUCCUUAACUCUGAAGCAUAAACAAAGACUGCAAGAACUCUGCGACGCAAUUCCCAUUAGCUCAGCACUUGCACCACACUGUUUGCACACGCAGUUCAGUCUAAUUGCAUCACAAAUAAUAUUUAUGUCCAUUAAAGCAUACCCGUUGUCACCCUGCACGCGAUUCACCUUGAAGGACACUGAAAAGGCUGAGAGGUUCAACGAUGAAGAGCUUGCUGGUUCAGCGUUCAGUACCGCAGUACGUCACCGGCAUUUAUUCACAUUUAAAGGAGAACUGUAUUGGUUGUCUCGAAAUUUACACUUGCUGAAGACCUUCUUUACCUUCAGCAUCCGAACAUAUUGACGGGCAUGACAGACACAAGGUGUAAAGAAGCUAGGAGCUGAAAGUGUUCAAACAGAUGCGCUCCGAAGAUUACGUGCGAAUUAAAAGGUGCACAGUGUCUUUGGACUGCCAUAGAAGUUACCCGACAAUUUCCUAUACACAGCUGACUCUAGACAAGCACUUUAACUGUCGUACACAAAGUUUUUUUUUUUUAGAAUAAUGGACCGUAAGCAUGGAGUGCAUACGAGGGGCUUGUCUUAGGGUGCAUGUUCACUCAUUACUUGUUUUUGAAAAAACUGGUUUUCAGCCACAAAAAUAGUUGGGAAAAGUAUGAAUGUGGAAAAUAUGCAAAAAAGGACACCCUUCCCAAAUUGCAAAGGAAAAAAAAAAAGUUUUUUCUUUUUAAUUUUGCCUUACUCUGUGCCCUAAACUCUCUUGAUGUAUGGCUUCCUUGAAGAAAAGGGUGUGCAGUCUUCUGUUUAGCUUCAUAACGGUUCGCGCUACCAGGCGAUGUAAGGACAAGUACAAGCAGGGCCAUACAAAGCGCCUUGCAUCAGUUUCUAGCAGCACGAACAGUCAUGGUCUUGCCAACUAGCCCCCAUAGCAGCUUUACUUGUGUUUAAAUUUUCUGCAGUUUCUGUGCCACAUAGCUGUGUUAUACUUUUCAGAGCACUGAGCAAUCUACGUGCUGCACUUGCUUGUCUGCAAAGCCCAAACCUGGCGAGACUCGCUUUGCUGACAGCGAAACCAUACUUAGCCAUCUCUGCUUGUCAGAUGGGCCUGGGUGAGUGAGCACCAGUUGCAGUUCUCUGCUGCCAAGCACAAUGUUACAGGCCUGUAAGCAAUGGGAGCACAAUGCAGAAAUCCUUCGUGUACUUGUUUUUCACUUAGAGAAUGUCAGGUGGUGAAGAUUAGUGUGGAGCCCAGCUGUUGCUUGGGGACAUUAAACUUUAUGAAAUGAUCAA